GGCCAAUCGACCAACUUGCGCGGGCCACAUCGCCCGUGCCGCGGUCGUCUAGCCGUCUUCUUGAGAAUCCUUCUCGUUAGAAGACGUUAUUUUACCUGCAACGAAAUAAUAACGUUUUACAUUUUACAUUUUACGUUUUUUUCGCGCGUUAUUUGCAAAAACAGCUCCAGAGAGCUUAAUAAUUUUGAGAUAAUUUUGAAUAAAUUUAUGGCGGCCAAUUUGCUGAUAAAUCCUAUAAAACUGCGCUUCUAUGUAGAAAGGUAUGGAAAGGAGAACAAAUUGAUAAAUGUACGAGAAACAUUUGUGCCUACUACCCGUACAAAAUCGUUAACUGGCAAGUUCUAUGCGAAACAUGAUGUUUUCUCCCCGUCUGACGUUAGAGAUGACGACAUCAACUUGAUUAAACGACAGACGGAGAUGAUACCCAAAGACAUUUAUUCGUUUAGGCCGCCGGCGGUGAACAUGGAAUACGGCUGGUUCACCGUACCGCUAGUACCUGUCACCAAGGAUCCACGAUUACGCUUCUCCAGGAAACAAUCGGACUUUAUCGCGAGUGAACUCGUACGUCGAAAACUGCAGAGAGGUCUGCCGGAAAAAAGAUUCGCUGGCGUGCCAUUUAAAACAUGACAAUUAUUUGAUUAUAGAUUUAUAGACAUUAUAUAGUCUUGAACAAAUUAUGGAAUAAAAUGUCGCUUAUAAUUAAAGAUGCAACAAAUUAUUCUUCUAAUAGUUUUUUGUGCAACAAGUGCUGGAAGAUGAAAAUUCACGG